AUGGAAGAUUGUAAUGCCACAAAGCAUCCGAUGGAACCUAAGACGGAGCUGCAUAAAGACUUGAAAGGGACUCCAGUUGAUGCCACGGAGUCCAGGCGCAUCAUUGGUCAUCUGAGAUAUUUGCUACACACACGGCCUAACCUAUCAUAUUCUGUCGGAAUGGCGAGCAAAUACAUGGAGAUGCCUACAAUCAUGCAUCACAAGGUGGUCAAACAGAUUCUCAGGUAUUUGAAAGGUACGAUUCACUUUGGACUUGUUUACAUGAAGGGACCCCAGAAAAUUGGUAUAUUCGGUUACUCGGACAGUGAUCUAGCCGCCGAUCUAGAUGGGAGGAAAAACACAAGUGGAAUGACUUUUUAUUUUAAUGAAAUUUUGGUGUCUUGGAAUUCACAGAAGCAGAAGACAGUGGCGCUUUCAUCUUGUGAGGCAGAGUUUAUGGCAGCCACAACUGCAGCUUGUCAUGUUUUGUGGUUAAGGAGCCUUGCCAGUGAAUUAACCGGUGUAGAGCCAAAGCUGGUGACUCUAUUUGUCAACAACAAAUCUGCCAUAGCUCUCAUGAAGAAUCCAAUAUUUCAUGGUUGCGGCAAGCAUAUAGAUACAAGGUUCCAUUUUAUUAAAGAAUGUAUUGAGAAGGGACAGACUGUGGUUAAGUUCGUUAAUACCGGAGAAUAA